AUGUCUGACGAUUCCUUCAUCCAUGCUUGCGCCGGUGGUGUCGGUGGUAUGGUCGCCAUGACGGCCACCUACCCUCUGGUGGGUAUCUCCACUCGUGCCGCGGUCGAGUCGUCCAAGAACCCGGAAGAGCCCAUGGUCAAGGCUGCGCUCAAGAUCCUUCAGCAGGAGGGUGUAGCUGGUCUUUACGCCGGACUCAGCUCGAGUUUGCUCGGUAUCGGUGUCACCAACUUCGUGUACUACUACUUCUUCGAAAAGUGCCGAGAGACGAUCCUGAAGUCCAAGCUCAAAGUCGCCGCGGCAGCAGCCACGACUGCUUCAGCUACGAUCGCUCAAGGUGGAGCUCUCACCACGUUCGAGUCUAUCAUUGCCGGACUCAUCGCUGGUUCCGCCACCACGAUCUCAACGAAUCCGAUCUGGAUCGUCAACACGCGCCAGACCGUCCGCGUGGGCGUCACCGACUCCAAAGCGGAUCCCAAAGCUGCGGCUGCCGGCAAGACCGUCGCUGUCAAGCUCGGCUUCAUCCAAACCAUGCAAAAGAUCAUCCGCGAGGAAGGCCCGCUCGCACUCUGGAAGGGUCUCGGCCCCGCCCUUGUGCUAGUCAUCAACCCCGUGCUCCAGUACACGGCCUUCGAACAGCUCAAGAACUGGGUUGUCAAAUCGCGCCUUGCCAGCGGCAAGAACGUCUCGCUCUCCGACUGGGACUUCUUCUGGCUCGGAGCCCUCUCGAAGCUCUUCGCUACCGGUUUGACCUACCCUCAGAUCGUCAUCAAGAGCCGUCAACACGCCGGCAGCAACAAGGGCGCCAGCAACAACCUCUGGACCGCCAUGACAGAGAUCGUCCAGAGGGAGGGCAUCGCAGGUCUGUACAGAGGUAUCGCGAGCAAACUGCUGCAGUCGGUGUUGACCGCCGCCAUCCUGUUCGCUAGCAAGGAGAGGGUCUUCAACAUCACAAAGUCGCUCAUCGCUCCUGUGGCUGCCGCUGCCCCGGUGAAGAAGUAG